AUGUUAUAUUACGGAAUUAUAUUGUAUUUUCUAUUAUUGCAACAAUUGAUAACAUGUUCCAAUGUGACUGAACCUAUAUCAUCUUCGCAAGAUCCCUUGAUAGAGGAAUCUAAUGGGAAGAGUUUUAGGGAGCAAUUUGUUCAGAGCAAGAAUGAAUUCAAGUUUUCAUCGAACAACACAAUUGAGCCAAGUAAUAGAAAUAUUGAACUUUGGAAUGCUGAUCAAUUUUUACAAAUCUGGAAUCCAAUUGUUAUUUCGCGAAUUUGGAAGAAUGAAACAUGUCGAGAUGCAGAUAUUUCGUUACCGUGCGGUAAAGAUUUGACUCGUUACAUGAUGGGCAUAUUAAGGAAAACAAAUUGGGCUCUAAAAAUGAUGGACGCGGAUGGCAAGUAUAUAUGGGGUAUAUUUUCUGGUAAUAAAUAUUGGGUUGGAGCUGCAGAUCAAUGUCGCAAAAUGGAAAAGGAAUUUAUAGAAUGGCAACAGGAUAAGAAACUUCAUCGAAAUAAAGAAUUACCCCCUUUCCGCGUCAGCAUGAACUCCAUCAAUCUUACUCUUGAAAUCCUGAAACCUGGAUUAAAUGAGACACACAAUAUUAUCCUGGGAUUAUGUUUGCCAAUUGUGUGCGAUACAAAAGAUGUCGAGAGACUUUUGUAUUUCGCACAAAAUCAAUCUAGCGUCAAUUUACCAUUAAGAUUUACCAUCGAUCACAUACGAAAUCUUUCAAAAGGUUAUACAUUUUGGAAAGAUACGACAUUUUAUAUUUUAUUGAUUUCUUUCGUCCUUGUAUGUGUACUUGUACUUAUGGGUACUUUUUAUGACGUUGCACUACGUUAUAAGAUUUUACUUAAAGCAAAUAAAAGAAGUAACAACAAUAUUACAAUAACAGGAUUGAAAUCUCUGAGAUGUGACGGAAAUUUCGAUCGCCGAAUUACACUCUCAAAACUAUGGUCUAUGACGAGACACAACGGUUCUUUAGAUGUCCACAACUCGAAAAUCGUGCCAAAACCUUUAUCGGAAGCAUUGCUGUCUUUCAGUCUACUCGUAAAUAUGUCUAAGCUGUGCAGUUUUAACGUCGGUAAGGAUACGUUAGCACCGAUACACGGAUUACGAUUUUACACAAUGCUCUGGAUAAUUCUGCUACACACGUGUUUAUUUUUUAAUGAUGUUUCGGACCGCGAAAUGUUUCGAACUGUAGCGGAAGAAAACUUUCUCUAUCAGACAAUCGGUAAUGGUACAUAUUCUGUAGACACAUUUUUCUUUAUGAGUGGAUGUUUGGUAGCAUUUCUUUAUUAUCGUACGAUGGCAAAUGAAAAGAUACGAGACAAAAAGAUGAUAAAAGGAUGUCACGGUCAAGUCCUGCAAUUUUUGGGAAUGAUUUGGUAUAGAUAUUUUCGCUUGACCCCGGUUUAUCUUUUCAUGAUCGGUUUGCUUCAGGUAUCGAUGAAAUGGUAUCACGAUCAUUCCAUGAUUGAAUUAUCUAGGAAUUUGAAUUAUAAAACAUGCGAGAAUGUCUGGUGGAAGAACGCCUUAUAUAUAAAUACUUAUUUCGAUUUUAAUGAUCGAUGUAUGACUUGGAGUUGGUAUCUGGCGAACGAUACACAAUUCUAUACUGUGGGAAUAAUCAUCUUGAUAAUCGGAGCAAGCUUUCUACCUGUAGCAGCGUUCAUCGGAGCUUUCCUUUUAAUCGCCUCGUGGAUAACAACAGCGUUAAUCACUUUGAACACCAACCACGUGCCAAGUAUCCAGGACCCGUUUGCACACUACGAGAGUCUCUAUGACAAGCCAUGGAUACGAAUAGGACCGUAUCUCAUAGGAAUGGUCACUGGUUGGUAUCUCUUCAAGAUUGACUGCAAGGCAAAUAUGAAUAAAGCUGUGAUUGUAAUAGGUUGGUCUAUUUCUCUAAUUACGAUGGCCAGUAUAGUAUAUGGAUUACAUGGAACUACAUUUGGACCAAUAUUAUCCGCAAUUUACAUGGCAUUAUCACAUUCUGGAUGGGCAAUAUGCUUGGCAUGGAUUUUGAUCGCCUGUGUCACCGGAUAUGGCGGUAUAGUUACUCAUAUACUAUCAUGGAAGUACCUGUAUCCUAUUUCCAGAUUAACAUACUGCAAUUAUUUAGUGCAUUCUGCACUUUUACACACUAUAGCUCUAGACGUUGGAAGUUCGUGGCAUUUUACAUAUAGCUCUAUGGCACUUCUAUUUUUCGGAAUUGUGGUAGUGUCAUACGCAUCAUCGCUAUUCCUCUCCUUAUUUUUCGAAGCACCAGUAGUGUCCUUGUUGAGAAUACUUCAUCCCAUGAGAGAAUGGAAAAUAAACUAA